CUUGUCCCCUUCCACUUACCUAAUAAUAUGGGUUGUUGUUGAGAGUCGAAAGCUAAGGGGGAGCUUACGAAUAGGUCUGAUAGGCUGGGAACAUCUCCAGCACCUGUGAUGGACCCUCUUUUCUCGCCAGGUAACCGGCUCGUGCAGCAUCGUAUGUACUCCAUGGUAGUACCUGUAGGUACGUGGACUCAUUAGGUACCCCUGACAAUGGUUGGUCUGUGUGGGCAAUGCCGAAUUGAUCAGCCACUCCAACUCAGCCUCCGACAUUUCUACACAAGGUAUUUUAGCUCUACACACCAAGGCUAUGACGUCCUCCAAUAACACGUAGGUAUAUUCAAUACCUUCAUUUACUUCACCCUCUUGGACACGGCCGAAUUUUUGAAAAUGGAACUCCCUUCUCCCGCCACGCUCGAAGCUUGCGCCGACUACGAUCUGACUAUCGAACCCUACCUAUCGAAACUCGGCGAACUACCAUGGAUGGUAGCGGAGGUCGUGUCGAGCCGAGGAUCCCUCGUUGAGCUGUACAAGAACACCAACCCCUUAGUAUCAGGACUCGGUUUCUCUAUCUUUCUCGGUGCCGUCUUCCUUGUCGUAUCUGAAGUCAACCGGAACUACUCCCAGGUUGAUCGUAUGUGGAGUCUACUACCCACGAUCUACAACGCCCAUUUUGCUGUCUGGUCUCAUCUCAACAGUCUCCCAAGCCAAAGACUCGACCUAGUGCUGCUCUGGAGUGUGAUUUGGAGCGCCCGACUGACCUUCAAUUACUGGCGGAAAGGCGGCUAUAAUAUUGGGUCGGAGGACUAUAGGUGGGAAAUAAUUCGUGGCUAUUUGCCCCCGGCGCUGUUCUUCAUUUUAAAUGGAACAUUUAUAUCGUUCAUUCAGAGCAUAUUGCUCUUCCUACUAGCGGCGCCAACGUACAUCAUCUUGCUGGCUUCGAAAUUCGAAAAGGAAAUCACGGUGGCAGAUUUGAGCUUUGCGGCAGUCCAGCUAGGGCUCAUCCUCUCCGAGUGGGUUAGCGACCAGCAGCAAUGGGCUUACCAAAGAGCAAAGCGGCAGUACCAGACCACUGCCAAAGUGCCCCGCGGAUGUGGAUUCACGCAGGAAGACCUCGAUAGGGGUUUUGUCACAUCUGGGUUUUGGGCAUACAGUAGGCAUCCUAACUUCGCUGCCGAACAGACGAUCUGGAUUGUUCUCUACCAGUGGAGCUGUUACGCGAGCAAGACUCUCUAUAGUUGGGCAGGUCUCGGCCCACUAUUUCUGGUCUUGUUAUUCCAAGGAUCGACUUGGCUCACGGAACUAAUCAGCUCGGGGAAAUAUCCGGAGUACAAGCUCUACCAGAAACAGACCGGAGCCCACCUACCCAGCUUUAGCCCGUACAAAAAACCCGUGGUGACGCCAAAGGUGAUUCGGACGAGUGAGUUGGCAAGGCGACAGAAGGCAAAGCAAAAGUAAGAUGGAGAUGGCUACCCGUUCGCCCAGCGACAUAGAUGUGGUUGAUACACCCACAUGAGCAGUGCGAGGGGGGGCGACCCAUAUUGCUCGGGUCACAACUCCGACCUGCCCGCCUGUCUCCGCGCAUCGCCGUAUCGUGGCGCAGACGUGCGGCGUUACCUCGAACAGCAAAGCGCUUCAUGAAAAUUCACCUGCUAUGGACGGAUGUGGGGAGGUCCUCGGUUUAUAUAUCUGUUUGGAUCUAAGAGCAGUAAGGCAGCCAGCUUAUGAAUAAUAUUUCCUCUCGAGUCAAACUUAGCGUAUACCUACAUACACAAAUGAAUGAAGCGUGCGUCUUACUGCAUAUGCAUGCUGUUGAACGAACCUCGCUACCAUAA